AUGAGCGCUUCGACGAUGACGAGGUUGAAUUACGAGUGCCACACGCACGUAUGCGCUACCGCUGGCGCCGAGGUCCAGCGCGUGCUCUGUUUCCAUCGCGGACACAAACAGUUACGUCGCUUCUACGUCAGCGAAGGCAAGGUACCCAUCCCAAGGCAAUACAAUGAAUUCACCUACGGCGUCCCCGUAACCAAAGAAAUCCCAACCAAUAGCACUCUAGCCCUCGACGAACGCCGCGAACCUGACUGGGAACACUACCGCCUCCUACGCUCAUCCGGACUCGUCUCCCACGACGGUGAAGAAGUCUGGACCACACUCUCCUACAAUCGCGAAUACGUACCCUCUCCCAACGAUGUAGGACAUCAACUCCGACUCGAUGUCUGCGUCGAGGUCGCUCCCACGACCGGCAGCGCCUCCGGCGGCGCCGCCGCAGGCGGCGCUGCGACACCGCUUCCGGUAACGGGAAUGGUCGAUGCACUCGAUGAGUUGCAAUUCUGGACGAAGUUCGACUGCUCGAGCGGCGCAGGUGUUUCUUCCGAGUUGGCGAGGUGCAUCUCGACACUGUGCGUCCUGCCGACGGUUCCCUUGGCGGAGCGACGAGUUUUCAGGAACGCGACGGUCCCUUUGGCCCUGGGUCCCUUAGCCCCUGGGUCAUUGGCCCCUGGGUCAGUGGCCCCUGGGUCAUUGGGGGAUGGCACGAGUCCUUUACGGUUGCCGCCACAACGCGUAAUUGUGCCGGGUACACCUCUGGCGGAUGCGUUGGGCAUUGGUGGGUCGAAUGUGUUGUUAGGAAGGAACUGGUUGAAGAAGAGCGAGUCGUUGCGGGAACAGAUUCGGGAGCAGCGUGUGGCGUUUCUGACGGAGCAUGCGUUUUCGGAUUGGGCUUUGCAGGAUGGUGGUGAAGAUUUGGGAGAGGCUCGUGUUCCGCCUCCUCCGCCGGGUGGUCAGACAAGUACGUUUACGGUGAUGACAUGGAACGUAUUGGCGGACAUUUAUGCGACGUCUGAGGCGUAUCCGUGUUCGGAGCCACACGUGUUAUCGUGGACAUUUCGACGUGAGAGAAUAUUGGCUGAGAUAAUAGGUUAUAACCCUGAUAUAAUCUGUUUGCAGGAGGUGCAAGGUGAUCACUUUGAGGAGUUCUUUGCGCCUGCAUUGCUCCGUCGUGGCUACGAGGGCCUAUAUAAACAGAAGACGACCAAGCUUUUCCGUGGGAGUGGCAAGCACAAAGGUGGCAAGUAUGUAUGUGAUGGAUGCGCUACGUUUUUCCGAGUACCGAAGUUCCAUCUUCUGGACCACUUUGGUAUCGAGUUCGCGAGAGUCAUGCCGCCUACAUCCUCCAGACAUAAUCGUAAUGAUAAACGCUUGCUCAAAGACAACGUCGCUCUUGUUCUAUGUCUCGAACACAUGAGCACGGCCACUCCCGGUGCAACCAACAGGCACAACAGCAAACACGUACUCGUUAUUGCUAACACACACAUCCUAGCCAACCCUGAAGCGCCCGACGUCAAGAUUUGGCAAACCAAUACCCUCACCAGCUCUUCCUCCUCCGGCUCAUCUGGAGCUCUUCCCCCCAGUGGAGGAACGCCCGGACUCGUCGUCUGUGGCGACUUCAACUCCACCCCCCACUCAGCUGUAUACGAACUCGUGACUCGAGGGGCGUGCGACGCACGGCACCCCGAAUUACAAACCAGUGAAGUCUGCUCCUGGCUGCAGGAAGUCGAACUCGGACAUGGCUUGAGCCUAUCCAGCAGCUACAGCGCUGUAAGUCCCCCCUUGACCUCCACCCUACCCAUCGUGGGGGGACGCCGUGUUGAUUUGGAACCGGAGUUUACCAACUACACACAUGAGUAUGUCGGAUGUCUGGAUUAUAUAUUCUUUGACCACCGGGCGAUGCGAGCACAGGGAACACUGGAGCUGGUGUCAGAGUUGCAGUUGCUCAAGGAAGCACACAGCCUGCAGCAAUCUGACUGGGUACUGCCCUCACCGCAAAGACCAUCAGACCACUUGCCUUUACUUUGCAAAUUCGAAUGGACCACUUGA